AUGCUGAAUUUUACUAUUCGUCAAGAGGAAAGCGACCAAACUCUUAUUAGUUUUCUGAAAAGAAGAUUUAAGACUACUCCGUUAAGCCUAAUUUAUAAACUUUUUAGCACCAAAAAAAUAAAAGUUAAUGGCGAAAAUAUUCGCUAUUAUCAUCAUCGCUUAAAAGCCGGAGAACAAAUUGUCAUUCACGAUAAUUAUCUAAAAACUGCGGUUGCGAAAACCACUAUUUUCCCGCUUUCUCAGUCCAAGGUAUAUUUCGAAAUUACUUACGAGGACCCAAACAUUUUAAUUGUUGUCAAAGAGCACGGGAUAACCAUGCUGAAUUUAGAUAAUGAUGUCCGACAUUAUUUAGCCGAAAAGGACCCGACCGAGUAUCGCCGGCAGAUAGAAAAUUUUUUUGUCUUGACGGCAGUGCACCGCCUCGAUAAAUUGACCCAAGGACUAGUUAUUUAUCCCAAAAAUCCCAUGGUGAAGAAAAUACUUUAUAAGGCUAUUAGUGAUAAAAAUAAAAUAACCAAAAAAUAUCUAGCCUUUUGCGAAAAAUUAUCCCGCUCCGACUUGCCUAAUUACAUUAGUGGCUAUUUAGAAAAAAACGAUUCCGAGCACAAAAUGCAAUUUUCCUUAAAUCCCACCACUUCCCAAGUUAAAUUUUGUGCUAUUUUAUCCUAUUUUGGUUAUCCGAUUGUCGGUGAUAAAAAAUACGGAAGUUCCGUAGUCAUGAAUAAUAAAAUCGGCUUGUUAGCCUAUCAGUUAGAAUUUCAUAAUCUCCCCUCACCGUUAGCUUACCUAAAUAACCGAAUUUUUGCUAUUCCCGAAGGAGAAAUUGGUUACCAAACAAAAAUUUACAAACCAUGGGGAAUUGAAGAAAAGUCUAAAAAACGAA